GCGUCAUCCUGCGCGCGCGUCGUUCAGCGCCUAUUCCUUGCUCUGAACGGUGGCGUGGCUUGCUCUACGUAGCAUACAGAUGUGCUCGAAAACCUAACCAAACUCUUUGCUGUGACUUGUUGUUGUUAAGUGAAUUACGUUAAAUAUUUUCAGUUAUUUGUUAUUAUUUAUCGAAAAUGUAUAACGGCAUUGGUUUACAAACGCCCAGAGGGUCGGGAACCAAUGGCUAUGUACAAAAAAAUUGUGCAGUUGUGCGUAAACGUGAGCCGCGAACCUUCAAAGAAGAUCCCAAAACAGAUCAAGCCAACAGGCUGCCAAACAAGGAAAUUCUCGAGCACGCCAAUAGAAGGAAGAUUGAGUUGAAAUGUACAGAACUAGCUGAUACACUAGAGGAACAAGGUUACACAGAAGAGGAGGUAGAGACGAAAGUUGCCGCUUAUCGAGCGACGUUAAUGCGUAACGAAGAAGCCGGCGAAAAAUCUAAAGAGCUACGUCGUGAUAUCAUUCAAGAGACUCAUCACAUUGCUGAAGCAAAUCAACAAAAGAAUUCAUUAUUACGAGAAGCAUUUGGAAUAUCGCAAUUUUUCGUUGAAGGAACCAGCUUAGAUCCGGAACGGCGAGCGCGUGAAGCUCAGCUAAAGGCUGCCGUUGAACAACAAAAGACUUAUGAAUUAGUGCGAACACCCAGUCCGUCCCUAGACGAUUUGGAUGAUUUGCCUGCAAAAAAAGACAAAGAGAUUACAAAGAAGAACAAAAAAGAUGAACAAGAGGUGAAAAUCGAAGAUAAAAAAUCUAAGCAGUUAAAGAAAAAGAAAAGAAAGAUGACCAAGUCUGAAUCUGAGUCUUCUGAAAGUGAUUCCAGUGACAGUGAAACAAGUAAUAGUGAAUCGAGUGAUUCAAGCAGUAGUGAUGAUUCCAAUAAAAAAUCUAGAAAACGCAAACAUAAAGAACGCAAAAAACCACAAAAGAAAAUUCAAAGUUCAAAAAAAUCUAAAAAAGACAGUGAUUCUAGUGAUAGUGAUUCUGAAAGUGACAGUUCUAUUGAUUCAAAGAUAGAGAAGAAAAAAAAGAAAAAUGACGGGAAAAAAAGAAAAAUAGAAAGUCGUAAACCUUCGAAGAAGGAAAAGAAAAGCAAUAAGCAUGUAAGUGACUCUAACGAUUCCGAUUCUGAAAGUAGCAGUAGUUCCGACAAUGACACUCGCAAAAAACGUAAACGAGAUGACAGAAAUAAAAUUAAAAAACACUCUAAGAAGGUGGAAAAUUCAAAAAAAGUUGGUCGUGACUCCGACAGUACUGACUCGGAUGAAGUUAAUAAUUACAAUAAGCUAAACAUUGAAAAACGAAAGAAAUCUGAAAAAGUUUACAGAAAGUCACAGAAAUACCAGCAAAAAAGUAAAAAAUCUAGCAGUGAUGAUUCAAGUGAUAGUGACAGUGACAGUGAUAGUGACAGUGACAGUGAUACUGACACUGACACUGAUUUGAAAAAUAAAAGGCGCAAAUAUGAAGAUACAAAAGCAUCGGACAAACAUAAUGACAGGAGAGAUUCACGCAAAUACGGAAAUGAAUCUAGAAAACAUGAGGACAACCGAGAGUCGAAGAAAAGCGAUAAUAAAAACGAUCGAGAUUCUCGAAAGCACGAACAAAGAGAAAGAGAUUCUCGAAGGCACGAAGAUGGGGACAGAAAUUCUCACAAGCAUGAAGAAAGAGAUAGAACUUCUCGCAAAAAUGAAGAGAGAGAAAGAGAAUGCCGCAAACAUGAAGAUAGAGAACGGGGAUCUCGCAAAAAUGAAGAGAGAGACAGAGAAUCCCGAAAAUAUGAGAAAGAAAGAGAAUCGCGUAAAUAUCAAGAACGAGAAAAAGAUUCCCAAAAACUUAAAGAGAAAGAAAGGGAUUCGAGAAAAUACAAAGAGAAAAAGGAUUCACGGAAAUAUGAAGAUAAAAACGAAUCAGCAAAAUAUGAAAAGAGGAAAGAAUCAAGUAAAUCAUCGAAGACUGUUGAAAAAUCUAAGAUAGAUUCGAGUGAAUCUAGUGGAAGUGACUCCGACAGUAGUGAAAAAUAUUCUGAUUCUCGAGAUAAAAGGCGUAAUGAUGACAGAAGAGGAGAAUCCCGAAAAUAUUCACGAGAAAAAUCUGACAGGAAAAAGCAUUGAAAGGUAGCCAUUGUGUAGACGAAUAUCCACUUGGUAACAUAUUUUAUCUAUGAAAUUUCAUAUUUUAAUUGUAACUUGAAAUGUUCAAAAAAAUUCCACAGACAAAAUUUAUAUUAACAUGUGUCUAACAAGAUGUAAAUAAUAAUGAAAAAUGAAAUGUUUAAUUUCAUAAAAUUUUAAAUAUUAUUCAUAUAUUUUUAUAAUUACUUUAUUGGUUAUUCAAAUAUACGUGUACAAUUCUUGAAUAAAUAAGUUCAUUUAUCACAAA